AUGCGUUCUGCUACUUUUGUUGCUCUUACUGCUGCUGCUGCUACCGUUGUUUCAGCUCAAAGCUGUAACCCAACUUACAACACACCUUCUGCUGGUGAAUGUUUUGCUAAAUGUAACGAGGUAAAAUUUAAUUGUUUUCCCUCCAUGAACACAAAGAGUGCUGGUAAAACGUUUUUUAGCGACUGGACUAAUGAUCCUGCUUCCCCUAAUUUCCUCAAGUCGCUUUCUUUAAUGUGUAGCAAGGGCACUGCAGAAUACAUGGCGUUCAUGACAAAGGCGGGCAUGUGUAUGGUGUCCUGCUCAAAUCCUGACUUGUUCAAUCAAGAGUUCGCUAGUGCAUGCGCUUGGUGGGCACAGCACAAGAACGAUUCCUGUGGUUCAAGCAAUGGCUCCGGCCAAACUACUACCUCGCAAGCUGCUGCUACCACCACUACUACCUCACAGCCUGCUCCUACUACCCAGUCAGCUGCUUCUUCGCAGACUGCUGCUGCCUCAAGCGUUCCUAAUCAAAGUACAUCGGCUCAAGCUGAAUCUUCUUCUACACCUGCUCCAUCAAGUAGUCCUUCUUCCUCUGGUGUUGCUUCUAUUGGACCAAAUGCCCAAUCAAACGCAACUGCUCCUGCAUCUAAAGAACCUGCUGCUUCUUCCCAAUCAAGCGCAUCAGUAGCUUCUAAUCAUCCUGCUAGUGCUGCCAGCAACUUGCAGGUUGGCGGCAUGGUUACUGCUGCUGCCACUGCCGUUGUUGUUUACUUGCUUGUUUAA